AUUUUACUCCUGCUGCUACAGUUUACUGUUCAUCGAGGUGUUUUGCAAAGGGGGUCUUGGCAGUGUAGGAGAAGUCAGUAGAGUCAUUGUUUCAUCUGUAAAUCUGUUCUUCACCUCUUGUUUCUUGUGUGACAGCGGUGCGUGCGGACCGCAUGCGUGGGGGUAGGAAUAAAUUUGGCCCGAUGUACAAGAGAGACAGGGCCUUGAAACAGCAGAAGAAGGCUUUGAUACGAUCCAAUGGGUUUAAGCUUGAGAGCACAGCCCCUCCACCAGGCUCUCCUCUGCAGACUGAUUACGGCUUCACCAGCAAUCUGCACACCUUGCCCACCAUUUCCAAAAGCAUGCUCCCCUCCACCCCAAACUCCAUCACACCUACAGACUACGAGGCUAGCCUCUAUGGACCCCCAUCCCUGGGCAUGGCCAUGCAGUCCCACAUGCCCCUCACCACCCAGUACCAGUACACAGCCUUCCCUGGCAGGGCGAUUAAAGCUGAGUGUCCUGACUACACCAGCUCCCCUGAGUCUCUGACAGGAUAUCCCUACCCAGACAUGUACCCCUCGGCCUCACCGCAGCCACCCAGCCUGCCGCCGCUGGUGCUGGAGUUGCUGCGCUGCGAUCCAGAUGAACUAGCGGUGCAGAAUAAAAUCAUCACUCACCUGCAGCAGGAGCAGGGCAGCCGGGGCCGGCUGGACAAGCCCAGCACCUUCAGCCUCAUGUGUCGCAUGGCAGACCAGACCCUGUUCUCCAUAGUGGAGUGGGCUCGGAGCUGCAUCUUCUUCAAGGAGCUCAGGGUGAGUACCGAGUUCAUGAUCCCAUCCUCAUGCUCACACAAGCACAC